AGGAGAAGAUGCUGUUUUGGCAUACGCAGCCGGAGCAUUACAACCAGCACUCCACGGGCAGCUACUUGCGUGAUGUCCUUGCACUGCCGAUCUUUAAACAAGAAGAGCCUCAGCUUUCCCCUGAGAAUGACACAAAGCUCCCUCCAUUUCAAUAUGUGCUUUGUGCAGCUACAUCGCCUGCUGUGAAACUUCAUGAAGAAACCCUGACCUAUCUCAACCAAGGUCAGUCUUAUGAAAUCCGUCUACUUGAGAAUAGGAAAUUGGGAGAGUUUCAAGAUUUAAACACAAAAUAUGUAAAGAGCAUAAUUCGUGUGGUUUUCCAUGACCGGCGCUUGCAGUAUACAGAACACCAGCAGCUUGAAGGUUGGAGGUGGAGUCGGCCUGGAGAUCGCAUCCUUGAUAUAGAUAUCCCACUGUCUGUUGGUAUCUUAGACCCCAGAGCCAGUCCAACACAGCUGAAUACAGUUGAAUUUUUGUGGGAUCCAUCUAAGAGGGCAUCAGCAUUCAUUCAGGUCCACUGUAUCAGUACAGAAUUUACUCCAAGAAAACAUGGAGGAGAGAAAGGGGUACCUUUCCGGAUACAAAUGGACACAUUCAAACAGAAUGAGAAUGGCGAAUAUACAGAACACUUGCAUUCUGCAAGUUGCCAGAUCAAAGUAUUUAAGCCUAAAGGAGCAGAUAGGAAACAGAAAACAGACAGAGAAAAAAUGGAGAAGAAAACUACUCAAGAAAGGGAGAAAUAUCAGCCUUCCUAUGAUACCACCAUCCUGACAGAGUGCUCCCCGUGGCCAGAUGUGCCUUAUCAAGUGAGCAACGCUCCGUCUCCAAGUUACAACAGCUCUCCAAACAGUUUCAGCCUUGGAGAUGGCAACAAUUCUCCAACUGAACAGGUGGAGCUCCUACCUCCCAGCAAUGACCAUCUCCUUCCCUCUGCUUCCAUUCAAGAUGCUCAGCAGUGGCUUCAUCGAAAUAGGUUUUCUCAGUUCUGUAGACUCUUUUCAAGUUUCUCAGGUGCUGACUUACUGAAGAUGUCCAAAGAAGAUUUCGUUCAGAUCUGUGGCCCGGCUGAUGGCAUUCGACUUUUUAACGCCAUUAAAGGAAGGAACGUAAGGCCUAAGAUGACCAUUUAUGUGUGUCAAGAGCCUGAACAAAAUCGGUCUCAUAUUCACCAAAAACGAGAGAAUGGAGAUGGCAACCUGUGUAUAUACCAUGCUAUCUUCUUAGAAGAACUGACAACACUGGAAUUAAUGGAGAAGAUUGCAAACUUGUACAGUAUUUCCCCACAACAGAUAAACAGGAUCUAUCGGCAGGGACCCACAGGCAUCCAUGUAUUAGUGAGCAAUGAGAUGGUUCAAAACUUUCAAGAUGAAUGCUGCUUUGUCAUCUCUACAUUAAAAGCUGAAAGUAACGAUGGCUACCAUGUCAUUUUGAAAUGACCCACCUCUCUGUGUCAUGGGACUAUAAACAGCUCUAGACUAUGAUGCCUCACUCACAUCUCUGCAAUUCAAACUGGAAAGAUGGAAAACACAUUUGAAUAAAGUGCUCCUUUGAACUGAAUGCCCUAACCAGAAAAUUUAACGUGUGUAAAUUUCAGAACACAUUAGAAAUUUUCUUCACUCUCCUUCCUUUUCUCUCCUUCCACCUGGCUUUUCCUUUCCCAAUCUUUCAUCUUUUUGUCUUUCCUUUUAGGAUGACUUAGAUAUAGGACACUUUGCAUCUUUAUUCAAAAUAGUAUGUCUUUUUAAAAAAAUAGACAAAUAUCUUCAUGAAAACAAAAUUUCUCCCAUAACAGUGGUUCUCAACCUGUGGGUCCCCAGAUGUUUUGGCCUUCAGCUCCCAGAAAUCAUAACAGCUGUUAAACUGGCUGGGAUUUCUGGGACUUGUAGGCCAAUACAUCUGGAGACCCACAGGUUGAGAACUACUGGAAGUCUAAAAAUAGGUUAAAACUGAUUCAUCUGCUAUGUGCCCCUGACACUAGCUUUCGUUCUGCACAAUAAAACUCAGCAACUCCCACUUUGCAAAAGAAAGGGCUGGCUAUGGUUGCUGAGAAUGCAUCUCUAGUUACAGUUGAGUUGUCCCAUGAAACAUAGCAAAAUAUAUUACUUGGGAAGACAAUAUGUUUGGUGUGUGUGUGUGUGUGUGUGUUGCCCUUCUUCCAGUGAUAUGUCUGAAAAUUGGUUACUGCUGUAGAUGUGAAUUACUUACAUUCACUUUUAUGGCAGAAAAAAAUAACAGAUUUGGUCAGGAAACCAUAUCUCUGUGCCUUGAAUAUCUACCAUGCCUGUGUACCAGGUCUUUAUUUCUUCUCAUCACUCUUUGAGCUGCUCUCCCUUUCAAAAAAUACCUCAGUAUCCCUUUUCAGCUAUCUUGUGUUCCCCAUUACAAAUGUUUGUGCUGUUGUUGCUAGUCAACUUUGAUUUAUGAAUGACAUUAGAGUGGGAGACCUCCAGGAGCUCCAGCCAUCUACCUUUCUCAGGUUGUGCAAACCCAAGGCUGGGGCUUGACCUAUAGGAAAGAAGGAGAAACACCAAUAGUCCCAUUCGGAAAGCAAGAAGAAAGCAAGAAGUAAUAUUUUAGAAGUUGCUUUUCAACAUUGCUGUGACUAGGAUUUGUCAUUUCUGUCUUAUUGUCAUAAAAACACUUGAAAGUGGGAUGAAUGUGUUAACAUGCCUCCGUUUGCAAUCAUGCACUCAGUGGUAUGGAGAGCAAAGCCUGGACAUGGAAGCAAAAUGUUUGGAAUCAGUGCUCUUUGCUUUUCAUUUGGUUGGAUGUUCAAAUAGUCUUCAUCCAUUUUCUAACCCUCUGGUCCUAUAUGGAAUUUUAUUUUACCAAGAAACCCUCUCUCUAAAGAACUAUAAUGCCUGAAGUAAACGUGAAUUUCUUUUUCCUGCUAGGAAGCUCAAAAGCAGACAUCUGUGGUAAAAUGAAGUCUGUUUUGCUAAGCUUGAGUGCUUUGAUAUAAUUCUUGUAACCUCUGGUUCUGCCAUUGGGCAGGUGUUAAUGGGGUCUUUGUGUUGUUUGUUUUUAGUUGUGUUGAAAAUCAUGUAAAACUGGACAGAUGCAAUGCACAGCAUGCAUUGACAUGUAUAUGAGCUGGACACUUGCACCUUGGUCCAAGGAGUGCAGAAGCAGGCUUCUACGUAGACACACUCUGGCGGAUCAGGAACUGUGCAUAUAGACAAGAAAUACACACAAGUCUCUUGUGGCUGGGUACCCGCCUCCAGCGCAUGGGGUUUUAACUACAGUGCCAUUCACUGGAUUAGAAGCUGGGCACACAAUGCCCAACGGGUUGCCCAUUCCCAACAGUUGGGUUAACAGACUCUGUGCUGCUGCCUUGCAGUCCAAACUUUGACAUUUGUAGAGAUGGCCAGGUCCUCAUGCUCAAAAAUGCGUGUGGCUCUUUCGGUUGCAGCUUUGGUCUGUUUUCUACUUGGCUUCAUCUGGCUCUCAGAAGUGAGGGAGAACAUUUAAAUCAUACAUACACUGUAUAGUUGAAAUAGGAAUCUGAUAUCACUGAAGAAUAUAAUGAAUGGUUCAAAAUUACAUUUAGCACAUUUGUAACUGCUUGCAUUUUCACAGAUUCAUAAAUACUGUACUCUUUGUAGCAAUCAUCCUUACAAAAUGAAUAAUUACAGUUUUUAUAGCAGGUUUUUUAAAACAUGAAGUUCUUUUCUCAAAAAUAACUUCGUAUCUCAACAAAUGCUUAAGCUUCUUAAUCCGUACCAAAACCUAUUGUUCUGGCUAAUCUGUCCCUCCCACCUGGUGAGCCUGAACUCUUCUUUUUGUCCUCCAAAAGAUGAUGCUGGAAGCAGAUUAGGUAAAGGAUUUAAGACAGAUGCAUUCUGCUUCAUUCUCAGUGUAGUUGAGGUGAACCUUGAAUUGGGACUGAAGUCUUCACUAUGUGCAAAAAUGAUGGUGGGAUGUAACUUACUACGCUUGUGUCUCAGGAACAGCAACUUUCAAUUAGUGCCUUACUUGUUUGUGUAUGUCAAAUGUAUAUUAUGUGUGUGUGUUUAUGGUUUUUUUAAAUCCAUUUUUCUUAUAGGGGACUCCUAAACUCUCUUUUUAAAAAUGUUUAAUUUCUUCAGUUGAUUGGGAUUUGGGGGUUUUCUGUCUUUCAAAAGGGCUGUGGGAGUUCACCUAUAUAAUACAGCCAUUUAAAUCCUGACUUAAAUGAAGGGUGAAUGGAAGAUGAGGCCAAAGUAUAGGAGUUUUGUGUAAUACUGCCAGACUUUUUUUGUUUAUAUAUAUAUGAAGAUUUUUUUUUUAAAAAAAUGCAUAUUUUGCACUGGCCAUUCUACUGUUGUACUGAAGAAAAGACACUGCUGUAUUUAGACUCUGUGCUCCAGUAAAAAUACAAAUAAACUCAUUUGUAAGAA